AUGCAGAGUACCUGGAUGAUGAUGAUCUUCUCUGUAGUGAUCGUUGUGUUGUUGAUGACGACUGAUAUUGGAGUUGAUGCACACCUGCACCGUGAUCAAUUGCCAUGGGAGGCUGCGAGAUCGGGCUGCAGUGGAACGAUAGACGAGUGCAUUAAUUCUGCAGGAGGCGAGUUGGAUGAGGAAAUUAACCGGAGGAUACUGGCGACGACCAACUACAUCAGCUACGGAGCGCUGCAGAGGAACACGGUUCCGUGUUCACAUAGAGGUGCUUCAUACUAUAACUGCAAGACCGGAGCCGAAGCCAAUCCUUACACCCGAGGCUGCAGCGCUAUCACUCGUUGCAGAAGUUAA